UCCCGGCUGGGGCGGGCUGAGUGGCCCUUAAGCGGGCCGUGCCAUGCGACCUCGGGCGCUGCCAACCGUGGGCGAGCUCUGGGUGUGCGGGCGGCCUGGCGCGGCGCUCCGGUAAGGCGUGUGUGCGACGGGGUGGGGACAGAACCGUCCUUUUGGGCUCUGGGCGUGUCCGAGACCGCGCUUCCCGCCGAAAUCAAGCUCCGAGUCAUCCGUGUGGGGCAUUCGUCCUCCCUGGCACAGUUUGUUUUACGUCUAAAUUCGCGUCGGUUCUUAUUUAGCUCUCUGGCAAGGUCUGAAGACGGGCAGGAGAGUAACCUGUGUCAGCGUGUUAUGAUGCCGUCCCGUACCAACCUGGCUACUGGAAUCCCCAGUAGUAAGGUGAAAUACUCAAGGCUCUCCAGCACAGACGAUGGCUACAUUGACCUUCAGUUUAAGAAAACUCCUCCUAAGAUCCCUUAUAAGGCCAUCGCACUUGCCACUGUGCUGUUUUUGAUCGGCGCCUUUCUCAUUAUUAUAGGCUCCCUCCUGCUGUCAGGCUACAUCAGCAAAGGGGGGGCAGACCGGGCCGUUCCAGUCCUGAUCAUUGGCAUUCUGGUGUUCCUACCGGGAUUUUACCACCUGCGCAUCGCUUACUACGCAUCCAAAGGCUACCGUGGUUACUCCUAUGAUGACAUUCCAGACUUUGAUGACUAGUACCCACCUAAUAGCUGAGGAGAAGAGUCACAGUGGAACUGUCCCAGCUUUAAGAUACCUAGCAGAAACUAUAGCUAAGGACUAAGGAAUUCUUCUGCUUGCAGAUGUUUAAGAAAAUAAUGGCCAGAUUUUAUGGGUCCUUCCCAAAGAUGUUAACUGAACCUACAGUAGCUAAUUAGGACAUGCUCUGUUUUUCAUCCCUUGGCCCUGGCAAGAGCUCCUGACAAGUUUUUCCACAGGAAUAUGUAUCAUGGAAGAAUAGAGGUUAUUCUGUAAUGGAAAAGUGUUGCCUGCCACCACCCUCUGUAGAGCUGAGCAUUUCUUUUAAAUAGUCUUCAUUGCCAAUUUCCUCUUGUAGCAAAUGGAAGAAUGUAGUAUGGCUAAUUUCUUCUUACUAAGUAAUUUAUUUUAAAAAUAUCUGAGUAUCGGCCGGGCGCGGUGGCUCACGCCUGUAAUCCCAGCACUUUGGGAGGCCGAGACGGGUGGAUCACGAGGUCAGGAGAUCGAGACCAUCCUGGUUAACAUGGUGAAACCCCGUCUCUACUAAAAAAUACAAAAAACUAGCCGGGCGAGGUGGCGGGCGCCUGUAGUCCCAGCUACUCGGGAGGCGGAGGCAGGAGAAUGGCGUGAACCCGGGAGGUGGAGCUUGCAGUGAGCUGAGAUCCGGCCACUGCACUCCAGCCUGGGCGGCAGAGCGAGACUCCAUCUCAAAAAAAAAAUAAAAAUAAAAAUAAAUAAAAAAAAUAAAAAUAUCUGAGUAUAUUAUCCUCUACACUUAUCCCUACCUUCAUGUUCCAGUGGAAGGCCUUAGUAAAAUCAAAGAUCAUUGAGUUCAUCUGUAAUGGUUUUUUUACUUGCUUUCUUACUGACAGCAACCAGGAAUUUUUUUUUUUUCCUGCGGAGCAAGUUUUCAAAAUGUAAAUACUUUCUCUGUUUAACAGCCCUUGGCCCAUUCUGAUCCAGUUCACCAGUAGAUUGGACAGCAUACAAUUUGGAUCAUUUUGUCCCUUGUAAAUCAAAAUGUUCUGUAGAUUAUUCCUUUAAUGGCUGGACUUUUGGCUGUUUCCUAAUGAAACAUAUAGAUAAGUGGUUAUUAUUUCGAGUUUAUAACCCUAUUGCUAGCACCUUGUAUGAUGUCAUCAUUCUCAUGAUUCCAAGGAUCAGCCUGGAUGCCUAGAGGACUAGAUCACCUUAGUUUGAUUCUAUUUUUUAGCUUGCAAAAGGUGACUUAUAUUCCAAAGAAAUUAAAAUGUUGAAAUCCAAAUCCUGGAAUUAAAAUGAGUUAACUUUAAACAUUUCA